CGAGCACGUGUAUUAAACUUACCUUACCUGCAUUCACCUCUGUUGAAAGACACAUUCACGUCACGUUGACUGUCUUGUUUGCCCGUGCUCGUUCACCUUCCUAUCGCUCGAUACCUUUCCUUGUCCAGUUACGUUUGUUUGCCACCACUGUUGCCGUACUGUCACUGGAUCUACGUCGCCUUUUGGCGAGACCAACUGACAGACCGAUGGUGCAAGAUGCGACUCAUCCACGUCACUGCUAUACUUGACCUGGAGACGAGUAUCUAUGAGGAGAGAAGCAUCGACCUUUCAAAAGAGAUUUCGGGAGAGUUUUAUGGCCUGGCUCUUGCGGAGAAAGGAUAUGCCAUACUGUCGCAUUGCUGGGGUGUAGCGGAGAAUGGCGAGAAAGAGGUUUCGUUCCAGGAGAUGGAACAGCUCACGACUAUGAAUGAGGAGAAGAGGAAUGAGAUUAGGAGGCGCACCGGAUACAAGAAGAUAAUCGACACCUGCAAGCAAGCCCAAAAGGAUGGUCUGGAGUGGGUCUGGGUGGACACCUGCUGCAUCGAUAAGAAGAGCAGCUCGGAACUGUCAGAAGCCAUCAAUUCUAUGUACCGGUGGUACGCAAACGCAAAGCAAUGUUAUGCCUAUAUCCACGACGCUACUUGGGACUCCUGGUUAUACAAAGACGAAGUCGGCACUAUCCACUCGUCAGCCAAGUGGUUCACUCGAGGCUGGACACUUCAAGAGCUCAUAGCUCCCGAGGCCGUCCACUUUUUUGAUUCCAAGUGGAAUCGCUUAGGUGACAAGAAGCAACUAGCAUCUCAUCUCGGCGGGGUCACACGAAUCCCAGUGUAUGUCCUGCAAGAUGGCCUGGGUUCCGGGCGACCUGGUGUUGCCCAGAUUAUGUCCUGGGCCGCUGACCGGACCACGACACGCGAGGAAGACCGAGCAUAUUCGCUACUGGGAUUACUUGGUGUACACAUGCCAAUGUUAUAUGGGGAGGGGAAGAAUGCGUUUCGUCGUUUGCAGCUGGAAAUCAUACGUUCGUCCAAUGACCAAAGUAUCUUUGCGUGGGGUCAAAAACAGAAUGCUGGGUGUUCUGGUAACUUUUUGGCGGAAGACCCGAGCUGUUUCCGGGAUUGUUCUGAUAUUGUCCCGUUGUCACGCCAAGACUUCAUCGACGCUCUCCAGAGAGAUGCUAUUGCUAAAGAGGCGCUCCAUAACAUUCCUGCUGAACGGUUCCGCACAUUCGCUGCGACUAACGAUGGCAUACAAAUAUGGCUACCCACGGAAACUUUUGGGAAGCUUGCCGAGGUCAAACUGGCAUGUUCUUACGAGCCCAAGCGGAGCAAUUAUUAUUCUAAUAUCCCUAUCACCAUGAACCUGGUGCUCUCUCAAUCUGGUUGCUUCCGUUUUUUCGGCGGGCGAAUACCCAAAGCGGGGCCAAUAGAAUUCAAGCAGCACUUUCUUCCUUAUAACGACGUUAGGCAGAAUCCCAGCAGCUUCACGUUUGAAUUAGAUUGCCAGACUCUUUCCCUUCAUAACUUUCUUCAGUAUGGUGUCAACCCCAAGAGUAUACAAGUCGAAGAUGGCUCGGUCACACUCUCAAAGGAUAACGAUUUUGCUGCCAUUACUUACGUGAACAAAUGGCGCCGGACUUGCUUUUCAGUAGUCCUCGUUUACUGCUGUGGUCGAGACCUCGUGUUCAUUGUCUGUCCUUCUAAGCCUUUGGAGUGGCAGGAGGUACAACUUCUGCGCAUUUGCUCCUUGGAGCGACUGCUCGGCAACGAAUGGAAACCCGAAAUUCGUCGGAUGGAGCAUGCCCACCUUCGCCGAUCUAUCCACCACGUAAGGGUGGUUACCACGAGGCAUUCGUGUGGCGUCGGCUGCAAGGUGACAAUUGAUGUUGUCCGAUGUCCUGGUUGCUGUUCUUCGCAGAAAGCUGGCGAUUGGAACCCAUGGGGCUGGAGUGAGGCUUCUCGACUGCCUGGUAUUAUGCGGGAUGGGGCAACUGCUAAUGUAAAAUAUACUUGGCAUGUCGAUGGUUCUCCCACAUCCUUCUAUCCAACAAAGUCAGAAAUUAGGGUGAGAUUGACAUGUGUUUUACUGCUAUGCCUAACUGCAGUAGCCAGGUGAUUAUGGUCAGGUUUCACGUA